UGUUGAAACAAAGAUGAAACAAAUUAGGUUUCAUCACUUUCUUCAGCGCCGCACAGCUUCAGCUCUCUCUCUCUCUUCACGCCGCACCCUUCCCUUUCCUUCCCCUGUUCCUCUCUAUCUUUCAUUUUUAGCAAAAAUUUACCUUGCUUUUAUCCAUAGAGAGAGGUCGUCAGCCCUUUUUCAGUGUAAGAUUUGGACGGUUCCACAACCAAAAGAACCCUAAGUCUAUAGUUUAUCAACGUUGGUCCCUUUCGACCUCUGUGCACGCGAAAGCCAUUUUCGACUAAAUACAGCAAGCUCUUUUGCAUAAUCAGCAUUUGUGCCUCCAUUUUUGGUAAAAAACUUUUAUGGUUUUGUUUGUUUUAAACGGUAAUCUUUGACUUCAAUUUUUCUUUGAGGUUUCCCCCCUUUGCCAAGGGAAAGAUUCGAAUCUUUUCAAAAAGAUGCGAAUUUGGAAUUAAGUUGAACGAAUUUCAUUCUGGAACCCUAGUUUAGAGCUAUAAAUACUACUUAAAAUCUGAAGAGGGGGGAUUCAACACUGAUUGGGAGAUGCGAGUAUUUUUCUGUCACAAAAAUCUCGAGUUUCUUUUUUUCAAAAUCUGGUCUUGAACCCUUCAAAUCAAAAUACUUUGUUGAAAUUUGAGAUUUGUGACGAAAGGUUAAGUUCCCGACGAUUCGAUUAACUUUCGUCGCUGCUCGGCAAAAAUUUAACUACGACAGAGGCACUGUAAUUUUUUGAGUCGAGUUUCGAAUCUCUCAAUACGAGAGUAGAUUCGAGACCUCCGCCCCUCAGUUCACUGCACCAGCAAGAGAGCCAAAGAAUCCCAUUUUGAGACUCGACGUCACCGCGAGACCUGAAACGUGCAUUUGUAUAUCCUUCCGUGCUUCUCGCUCUCUCAAACACAUCUCGACACAAAUGAAAAGCGGGGAAAGUUGGCGAACAUUUGCCAUAAUCUUCCUCCAAUUCCCUAUCUUAAAGUGUUAUGCUUGUUGUUUCUUUUCGGUUAUCUAAGAAUGAAUGUUUUGUUGUUUAAUGUUGGUGUUUAUCCUUUUAAAACUCUAGAUUUUUGUGUUCAUUUGGCUUGUUUUAAGUUUCUACCUCCUGUAGGGAAUCAUAUAGGGAUUUUAUUUGUUGAAAUUAGCUAAUAUUUAAUAGAUGAACUUAUCAUAUAAGUUAAAUAAAAUAUGAUGUUUUCUUAAGCCUUAUCUUUCUAACAAACAGAAACGUCACGAAUUUUUACACUAACGUUAGCUUUUGUUUGAAAAAUAAAAACAAAGCAAACUGGUUCUUUUUAUGGAUAACUUUUUCACUUUAGCUCUUUUCUAACACUUGAAAUACGUAUUUGUUAAAAUAAUCUUUUCACAGUUUGUAUUGAACUAAUAGUCUUUCUACAAAAAUUUUAAAAUUUUAUUACUAUUAAUCUUACAAUAACUCUUUUAAUUUGUUAGUCGGCAUAACUUAUUUUCUCCAAAUAUUUGUAAGACGUUACACAAUCCCGCACUUUCUUUAGUUUAUUUAAGCUAAAGUCUUUUAGGGAAAUUAUUACCUUUGCACUCUUUCUCUACAUAUUCAAACCUCAUGCUAAAGUGAAGAUUUGAUUCUUUUAGCAACAUUUACAAACUAUUUUUUAAAUAUUUAAAAUAUUAUAUUUGUAUUCUUAUAGCCCUUUUUAAUUAACCUUAAGUUCGGUCGGUUAAUCAUUAUUAAUGGAUCUUAGAGAAUGUCUAAUACAUUCCCUCUAGGUUAGUUGAACCCUUACUUAGAUCUUUCGGUUUCGUAGACUUUAAAAUAGAGUUGACUUUAGACAAAUAACUUUAAUUAACCUUAGGUGCCCUAAUUCACCAUAAAUAAUUAGGUGGCGACUCCUAUACUUUAAUUAACCCCGGAAUUAUCGGGAUGUUAUAAAUUAUUUUGACUCCGAUUAAAAUAGGGUAUAACACUAUCCUUUGCACUCUUUCUCUACAUAUUCAAACAUCAUGCUAAAGUGAAGAUUUGAUUCUUGCAAAAUCCAGAAAUUGUUUAGAUCCAAAAGUGCAAGUCUUCACUCAUCAAGGUGUGCUCAAGAAAAAAGUUUCAACAAAUCCAAGGACCUAUUCUUCUACAGCUGAAACUGAGCUAAGUCUUAAGAGUGUUAAGUUUCUGUUUAUUUGUUAUUAAACUUGUAAACCUACUCUUCUCAAAAGGAAACUGUUGUAGGUACUUUGAAUUCUCAGUUGUUUUGUGUAGGUAGUUUACCUUUAUUCUAUUGAGUAGUACCCUUGGCUAGAGUUAGUCAAGGUGUAUUAGUGUAUUUGGCUGGAGGUAGUCAAACAACGUUGAACUCUCAAAGGCUGCUUGUAGGAAGUGAAUCUUCACAAGCGUUUGAUUGGUACACUAGGCUAGGAUUAGUCUAGGUGUAUUAAUGGCUUGGAUAGAGGUAGUCAAGAGUUCCUUGUAGUAGAGGUACUGUAAGGGUAGAGGGAUUAUGUGAGUUAAUUCUUAGAUUGCAAGAGUUGUAAUCUGAAGUUGCUCGGUGUAAUGGAGUUGAAAUCCUAUGUAGUAGGUCGUUGUUUUUAAUCCCUUGAGUAAGGAGUUUUUCACAGUAAUAUCUUACGUUAUUUACUUACUGUACUGCAUCAGGGAACUGGUAAACAACUAGGUCCCUCAUAUGUUGUUUGGUGGACGCAUAGCCUUUAUUAAUUGGUAUCAGAGCCGGUUCUUUCUAAAAGGUUAACACCUAGAAAUGAUCAUUCACAUGGUGCUUUACCAAACAAAGAAGAGAAGAGAAAUAAUCUAAAUGAUGAAAGAAGAAGUGAGUCAAGUGAUGAUAACUAGAAAUAGCAUAUCUCACUUACAGAUUCCAAAGAAUCGUUCGAAGAAGUACUGAAUCCCCGAAAAACAAAAAGUCAUCGUGAAAACCUCAAAGACAACCUCAACAGGACAACUACAAGAAAUAUAGAGCUCGACAAAAGGCUCAAAAGAAGGAGGUAGCUGAAGACCCAAUGAAGUACUGAAUCCCCGAAAAACAAAAAGUCAUCGUGAAAACCUCAAAGACAACCUCAACAGGACAACUACAAGAAAUAUAGAGCUCGACAAAAGGCUCAAAAGAAGGAGGUAGCUGAAGACCCAAUGAGGUAGGCCUUGAAUGCUUUGAAGGACUCUAUGAGGGAACUUGAAGAGGAAACCGACUCAAAUGAUGAAGCCAAAGAGAAGAAGGUAGAUCCUCUUGACAAUCAAGCAAGACUCGAAGGUCAAUCUCACAAAAGAUUAGUCUCCCUGGUAAAAAAAUUGAUAAAUGAGCUUCAUGGACUCAUUAAAGAGAAGAAGGAGAUAGCUGAGAAACUUGACAGUACAGAACAAGAGAGGGAUGACAUAAUCGUAUGCAUCGUAGAUCUAUAAGAACAAGUUGAGGAAGUUACUAGAGAAAACCUCCUUCUAAACAACAACAUCAAAGAACUGAUGAAUACGUCAUCUGAGGUAUCAGACAAAGCUCAGGGUGAGCACGAGAGCAAACUUGAGAAAAUCAAAAUAAGCCCUGAAGCUGAGAAGCAUAAGCAUAAGGAGCCUCAGGAGAACCUGUGUGAAGUGAACAUCAAGCUGGAAAAAUCUCUGCAGAAGAUCUGGUCCUCAACCCCUUCCAUAAAUAUGACUAAUAUAAAGGACAGAUAAGAAUGUGGAUUUCAAAAUACCACUACCCCUUAUCAUUCCCUUGGCAAAAGCAAUCUUAAAGCAGAAUGAUCAGAGUACUCUCAUUGCAAACAAGCCAGUUCUCUGGAAAAGAAUCAUCCUAUCAACGCAAAUGCACCAAGGAGAAAUGAAGACACUGCUAAGCAGAAGACAAAAAGUGAGGAACCUGAUCAACACUAGAAAAGAGAAGAUCUGCCUAAAUGGAGAAAAUAAAGCGUGUGCUUGUGGGAGGACACCUUUCCACAACUUUGUAAAUGGCUACUUUUGAAGGAAAUACAGUAAAGGUGCAGAAGGCUCGGAAUCAAAGAUGUCGUGUCAGAGCAAACAUGAAGAGAUCUGAUCCCUCAUAUUUCUCAAAGAGAGUGAUGUUUCUGAUUCUGGUAGAAAAGUGUUCCUUCGCAACAUCUAACUUGCACAUGUAUUGAUUACAGGUUUACACGGAUAGAUGUCUCAGAACAAUGCAAGCUUUAAGAAAUAUGGCAUAAGCUAGAAUGAUUGCCAAAAUUUGAUGACAUCAACAAAAGGGGUCAAGAAAUCUAGUCUCUGCAACUCAGGUUAGUAGUCUCUUCAGCAUCUGCAUAAAAUUGAAAUUGUCAUUUAAGUACCAUGUCAUUAAAAACUGCUUCGCUAAAAUGCUUAAAAACUUCCUCUGAACGUUAUACCUUUUUCUAACCCGACCCGAUCGUCGCUUUACCCUUUUCAAGCACCCGUAAUAUAUAGCUUCUUUAUUCCUUCACUUGAAAUCAGAAAUUCAAAUCACUCUCUCACUUCUCGUUGUCGUUAUACAAACCUGCGCUCUCUCUCUCUCUCUCUCUCUCGAAUUCUCUCGAACUUCUUCAUCCUUCUCUAAGUUAGAAUCUCAUCAUUUCUAACAAAGAAUUCACCUCUUAAGCCCCUUCUGAGACAAACCUCACAUCUUUUCUACCUAAAUCCAAAAAUUCACUCAAAUUGAAUUAGCCUUUGUCUUCCCCAGAACCCCAAACUUGCGAGUAAAAUCCCUGUGUCACUUCACCAGAAUCCUGUCAAUAGUCACUCCCCUAAAGAGUCAGCACUUCCUCCAAAAACGUCAGACCAAGUUGAGAGUAGCAAACACACCACGUCUGUCUCAAAAUAUUUUCGAGAUAUUGAUGAGAUGGAGGGAAAAGAAAAUGAAACAGAAGUUACUAGUCAAUCCAUCGAGAGAACAGAGAAAUAUAGUUAAGAGAACGAAAAAUCAGUCUCUCAAGACAUGCAUAAGGAAGGGAUUGUGUGCAAUAAGGAGGAGCAAACAAGAGAAAUCAACAAAGGAAUUGAGGAAGAUCAUAAUAUGAAAAUGGGUAACUCUCUUACUUCUGUGUGUCAUAGAGAAGGAGAUGAUUUAGUAGAGGAGUCAGUAGAGGAAUCGGCUAUAAAGGCAGACGGGACCAUCUCUGGGAUUGGUCAAAAUCGAUCCAGUAAGAUGGAUAGUGAUGUCGUUCUUAUGGCAGGUUUUGCAAAAUCCUUAAGUGAAAUAGGAAAUUUUAGACUUUCAGAAGAAGAAAAUGAGAGACCUGUUCCUUCAAUACAGGAAAUGUCUGAAUCUGAAAACAAGACAAUUUCUAUACAGGAUGAAACACCAGGUUCUCCCAACAUGAACCGAGACUUGAUGUUGAAUCCUGAACCUGUAUCCCAUCAUGUUGUACCCUUGGCUGAGAUUGCACUUGAGAAAGUGCAUGGUCAAAAUGAAUCUGAUGACGAGGACUUACCACUUGUCUUCAAGUUAAGAAAAGGAUCUGGUAGUAAACCUGCAUCCAGAGUGAGAACUAUCUUUGCUCGAACAACACACUCAACCCCUAAGGCAAACAAAGCAAAAGGUACCAAGAAGACCAGAAGCACUCCGGUGAAGAGUCGAUUGACUGAUGAAAUUAAAGUGGUGGAUGUGGAAACUACAACCGCAAAUGAUGAUGAUAAAGAAAUUUUUGAGCAAAUAAAGGAAGAAAAGAAAAAGAGCAGAAAACAAAAAGUCACACCAGUGGGGGGUGACAAAUCUAAAUCCUCAAAGAAAAGAAAAAGUUUAAGUAAUGAGGAAUCUGGUUCCUCAAAGAAACAGAGAGUGGAAAAAUCUGUUGGUCAGAGUGAAAAUGAAAGAAGGGAAAAUCUAAAGCAGCAAAAAGUAUUGCUUGGUACGGUGGUCGACCCAGAAAUUGCUGACAAAUUUGGAAUGAGGGAAUUGCUUGAAAUUAUUGAUUUUCAGAAAUGGAGUCAUCUGUUUGCUCCACCAAUUCCAAAUAUUUACAAGGCACAGGUAGUUGAGUUCUUUGCAAUCUCUACUACUUUAACGACCAUGGCACCCUUAUUGCAUCUGUUAGUGGAACAAAUUUUGAGUUACCCGAAGAGGUACUAGGAACAAUUCUGAAGGUUCCCUCUGAAGGUAUAAGGACCAUCAUUGGGACUGCUUCAAGGCCGUGAUUGCCUAAAACAUGGUUGACAAUGCAGGUGCGAGGGAAAGACUUCUGAAGAAGGAAAUGAAAGCAGAGUAACAACUCAUGUUCGAGUUGGUUAACAAAGCGUUGCUUCCAAGGGCUGAGGGUCGCACCAUUGCCUCCAUCGCAGACCUGGUGCUUAUAGAAGAAUUAGCCAAUUUUCAACCCAUCAACCUUCCCUCAAUCAUGAUUGAGCACAUAAUCAAGGUGUUGAAUGCACUAGAAGGAAAACAUGGACUUCCGUAUGGUUUCUUUCUGACUAAAGUAUUUGAACAUUUUAAAGUUAGAACUGACAAAGCUACCAAGAGAUCCAAGAAACACAUGUUCUCCAUGGAAACUUUAGAAGAGUGUGAUUGCAUACACAUGAAAGGAAGUGUUGGAAGCACCUCUACAAUCUCGACUCUGUUGGAAGCACAGGAAAGAAUGACUGCUCAACAGCAAAGGGUCAAGGCUGAGAAUGUGCUUCUUCAGGCUCUAUUGAUCGAAAGAGAGAAAAAAGUUGGGUCCCAAGAUGCCUUGAAGGCUGCAAGAAUUGAGAUCGAGCGGCUCAAAAUAGAAAAUGAGAAAUCAACUCUCAAAGUGGAUGAGCUCAAGGAUUAGAUGCUUCAGGAGUAACGCGUCGACAGUGAACGCAUGGAAAAACUUCUCAAUGCUCUGACCUCCCAAAACCCUUAGCCCUCCCAUUCUGAUCUCAUAUGUUUUGACUGACGUUUGACACUUAUGAAUUUUUCUGUUAUGCACUUUCUGCUCUGACUACUAUGUUUUGAUAAUACAUUGAUAGAUUUGGGCAGUCAUUUUGUUUUAUGUCUAAUAAAUUGCUUGUCUGAUAAUACAUUGAUUCGUGUUGUGUUAAUCUUAUGGCUUUGAGUUAGCGAUGCUGGACUCAGUUUCCUUUUCGAUGAUGCCAAAAGGGGGAAUAAUGGGUACAAUAGGAUUAGAUUGAUUCAUUGUUCUGUUUGAUAUGGGAUUGAUUGUUUUAAUCUUUGGUUGCUGUUAUAGCUUGGUUCUCAGGAGGAAUACAACAUGUGUUUGUCAUCAUCAAAAAGGGGGAAAUUGAUAAGCCAUGCUACCUUAUGUUUUGGUGUUUUGAUGAGGUGACAAACCUACUCGAGGAACUAGUUACGAUGAUAGAAAGACCAAGUCUCCUGAAGUAUUCAUACAAUCAACUCUAUAGCUGUAAAGUUGUUGCCACUGUAGCAGUACAACAAAGCAGCGUACAGCAACAGAGUUGCUUUAUGGGUUGUCAUCUUCACUCUUCUCUACAUAUUCAAACAUCUUGCUAAAGUGAAGAUUUGAUUCUUGCAAAAUUCAGAAAUUGUUUAGAUCCAAAAGUGCAAGUCUCCACUCAUUAAGGUGUGCUAAAGAAAAAAGCUUCAACAAAUCCAAGGACUUGUUCUUCUACAACCGAAGCUGUGUUAAGUCCUAGGAGUGCUAAGUUUCUGUUUGUUUGUUCUUAAACUUGUAAACCUACUCUUUUCAAAAGGAAGAUGUUGUAGGUACUUUGAAUUCUCAGUAGUUUUGUGUAGGUAGUUUACGUUUCAUUCUAUUGAGUGGUACCCUUGGCUAGAGUUAGUCAAGGUUUAUUAGUGUGUUGGGAUAGAGAUAGUCAAACAGUGUUGAACUCUCAAAGGUUGCUUAUAGGAAGUGAAUCUUCACAAGCGUUUGAGUGGUACACUAGGUUAGGGUUAGUCUAGGUGUAUUAGUGGCUUGGCUAGAGGUAGUCAAGAGUUCCUUGUAGUAGGGAUAUUGUAAGGGUGGAGGGAUUAUGUGAAUUAAUUCCUAGAUUGCAAGAGUUAGAAUCUGAAGUUGCUCGGUACGUGGUAUGUCGUGGUUUUUAAUUCCUUGAGCAAGAAGUUUUCCACGGUAAUAUCUUGUGUUAUUUACUUACUGCACUACAUUAGGGAACUGGUAAACAACUAGGUCCAUCAUAUAUUGUUUGGUGGACGCACAACCUUUAUCAAUUGUCCUCUAUCAAUAAUUUAUCAAUGUACUGUAAGAUAUUUAACAUGAUAAAUUUAAGAUUGACAUGAUAAUAGGUCACAAAAUAAAUAAACAUCAGUAGGAUCGAACGGCGUACCUGUUUGAGCCAUAACAGACUGUAAAACGGUUAGACACGUGAUGUCAA